GUCCUGCCUGGCUCAGCAUUCGUCUCCUUGGCGCUGCUGGAAGUGUCGCAACUGCUGAAAAGCGAGGUUGUGCAGCUCCAGGAUGUUGAAUUUCUGCGCCCACUGGAGCUGUCCGCCCCGCGGCAGCUGUCAAGUGUCAUCACCGAAGGACAGCUGCGCUUCUUCAGCAAGGCUUUGGGAGAGGACAUGCAGGAGAUGCCGGAGACGCUGCACUGCCAGUGCCGUUUUUUGGCGGCUGAGACACUGCAACCCUUCAAAGACCGGCUCCCGGAGGUCGCCGAUGCAAAGCCUGUCGAGGACAUCUAUGCCAGUUUCGCCGCCGCCGGCUUCUACUACGGCCCGGAUUUUCAAGGGAGGUGCUUCGCCGUGUCCGACAAGGAUGCCACGAACCAAAUGAAUGGAGCUGCAAGGGGCUUUGCCUUGGAUCCAGCAGAUUUGGACGUAGCUUUGCAGCUGGCCUCGCUGUUGCACCCACUUGGCUUCCGAGGUGCGCCGCAGGCCAUCCAGCGUGUGGUGGCCAAGGUCGGCACCAAGUUGACGUCCUCCCGGGCACACCUCGCAGGCGCGCACGAGGUGGAUGUUCAGUUGUUUGACGACGGAGACCUUGUCUGUGAUCUUCACGGUCUGACGCUUUCGUCCAUGCAUGCGGGUGCUCACCUCACGAGCUGUCGGCCGACGUGGAAGGAUGCGGCACGCUUGUCUCGCGGCCCCUGGCUGGUGGUUGGAGCAGAAGCCCAGCAACUGAACCUGCCCGACUGCACAGACAAGCCCGAGGACGCUUACGAAGCUGUUGCCAUUGCGGUGAGGGCAAAGUCGCUCGAGGAUGUGCAGCGGUGUCGCGAUGACGUCCAACGCAUCGCUGCCAAAGAACGAUGCUGGCUGCUGUCAAUCACAGACGAAGGUUCCUCCUUUGCAGAAGCAGCGGCUGAAGCUGCUGUGGAGGUCGGCGCAAACGCGAUAGUCGGCUCUGCCGAGAUGCUUCGCAACGUAUCGCCUGGGCUCGGCAUGGAUGCCCAGGCCAUUCUUCGUGCUGAGAAUGAUGGUGGAAGUCUGCAGCUGCAGGUGCGGAGUGUCAGGACUGCCUCGACGGCCGAAGCAAUCCAAGCUGCCAGGCUGGAUUCCUAUGUUGUGGAGACAGAUCCCAGCAAGGGCGGCAAGGGAGCUCUGUGCCGCCUCAGCAACCGGAAACCGCCGGAACCGGGGCAAGUCGAGAUCCAGGCAGACCUUUGGGCCCUGAACUUCCGCGAUGUACUCGUGGCUGUGGGUGCCAUAUCCGCCGUUGUGGCAGGUCAAUCCCUGGGCAUUGGUGGCGAGUGCUAUGGCAAGGUUGCAGCAGUUGGCGACGGCGUCACCAGUGUAUCCGUGGGAGACACUGUCAUCGCCGUGCCGCCAGACGGCAUGGGCUCCUUUUGCACCACAGACGCCCGUUGGGUUUUUGCGGCGCCACUAAGCAUGAGCCCGGAGGAGGCAGUGGCAGGCACCUGCGUCUACGCCACAGCAUGGUACGCCCUUCAUUGGCUGGCCCGUGUUCGUAAGGGAGAUCGCGUGUUAAUCCACAGCGCCGCCGGGGGUGUCGGUCUUGCCGCUGUUCAUCUGUGCAAGCGAGCUGGCUGUGAAGUCUACUGCACCGCCUCGACGGUGGAGAAACGCAAUCUGCUUCUUGAGUUGGGAGCUGCGGCUGUGUUCAACUCCCGAGAUCCAGUUGGCUUCGAGCAGGGCAUUCUCAAGGCGACAGCAAAGCAGGGUGUCGACAUAGUCCUCAAUUCCCUCAGCGGUGAGUCCAUCCCUGCGUCGCUCCGGCUGUUGCGAGCGUGCGGACGGUUCUUGGAGCUGGGCAAGCGGGAUCAGUAUGAGAACACGCCGAUGUUAUUGCAGCCAUUCUUGAAAGGACUGGGGUUUUAUGCCGCUCAUCUGGACGUUUUGAUGUUGGAGCAGCCGGAUCGGGCCCGUGAACUCCUCCUCGAGGUCUGGGAGGCCUUGCCGCAGCUGCCGGCACUUCCAACCAAGACCUUCGGCAUGUCAGACUUGUCAGGUGCGCUUGCAUACUUCUCCAAGGGCGUUCACGUCGGCAAGGUUGCUCGGGAAUUGGAAACUAGAUCUCAGAAGCGUCACAAGAUGUUACGAUCUUUUGAACUGCAAGGAGCCCCCAUAGAUAGCCGCUGGAGCUUGCCUAUUGCUUUCUAG